AGAUGAGGCGGCACAGACGACAGCAGACACUGGGUUCAUGUCGCGCACACAGAGCUAACCUCUCUUCAAAACCUCCAGACAGCAGCAGCAGAAACGCUCCCACAGCGGAGGAGUUUGUGUCGCCGACUCUCACUCACUGUAUCAUCCACAUGACGGCAUCAGCAGGCGCCUGUAUUUACUUCAGGUCCAGUUAGCCAACGCUGCUGCCGCUGCUGCUGCUGCUGUAGUAAUGGAGGUGAACAGGGACGAGGCGGAGCGCUGCAUUGACAUUGCAACUGCGGCGUUAACCAACGAGCAGCCGGAGAAGGCGCAACGGUUCCUGGAGAAGGCGCAGAGACUGUUCCCAACGGAGAAGGCCAGGGUACUGCUGGACCUGAUCGCAAAUAAUGGAUUCACACCCAGACAAGGCAGCCACUCAGAGUUCAGUGGGAGUUCGGGGCCUCGGCAGCGUCAGACCGGCACCAGUGAGGACACGAGACCUGAAGAAAAGCCCUCAGACACCUCGAAACCCUACACAGCAGAUCAGCUCGAUGCUGUGAGGAGGAUAAAACAGUGCAAGGACUUCUAUGAAAUUCUUGGGGUUCAGAAAGAUGCCCCCGAGGACGAGCUGAAGAGGUCAUACAGGAAACUCGCUCUGAAAUUCCAUCCAGACAAGAAUCAUGCUCCAGGUGCUACAGAGGCUUUUAAAGCUAUCGGGAAUGCAUAUGGCGUUCUGAGCAACGCUAACAAAAGGCAACAGUAUGACCAGUGUGGAGAGGACAGGAGGCAUCCUUCGAGACACAGCGCGGGCAGCGAGAACUUUGAGCCAGACAUCUCACCUGAAGACCUCUUUAAUAUGUUCUUUGGAGGAGGAUACCCAUCAAGCAAUGCUAACAUGUACACUAACGGGCGGAUGCGUCAUCAAAGGCGAGAGAGAAGAGAGCGGCAGAGAGAUGGAGGUCUUGCUCUCUUCGUGCAGGUCAUGCCCAUCCUCAUCUUGGUUAUUGUGUCUGCCCUCAGUCAGAUCAUGGUUAACAGCCCUGCUUACAGCCUCAGCUUCAGGCCGUCGGCAGGCUACACACAGAAGAGGCUGACGGAGAACCUGAAGGUGCCAUAUUAUGUGGGGGAGCAGUUCUCCAAAGAUUUCAGCGGAAUGAAUCUGAAGAAUUUGGAGCGCACUGUGGAGGAUGACUACAUUUCCAACCUUCGCAACAAUUGUUGGAAGGAGAAACAGCAAAAGGAAGGCAUGCUGUACAGAGCUCGCUAUUUUGGAGACACCGAUCUGUACCAAAGAGCGCAGAGGGCUCGCACGCCAAGCUGCGCCAAGCUGUCCGAGAUCACAGCCUCGCUCCACGGUUGACGCUGCUUUCGUAAUUAAAACUUCAAACAACACAUCACUGGCUGUAAAUAGAUGAGCUUUAAUGAUCCGGAGGCUGCAGACGACUCAACAAGCAACACACACAUGAACCAGCACUGAUCUGCAUCAAAGUGACCACACAGAACUGGUUCAAACCAUGAAGUUAAAAUAUAAUGUUAAUAUGUUUUGAAAAGAAAAGAAAAGAAAAGAAAAAGCCACUUAUAGCUUGUCCAUCCCUGAGAACAUAUGGGUGAGGGAAACAUCCAUGUUUUGAAAGCCAUGACUGAAAAAGUCUUUUGUUUUCGUUUGUAUUUGCUUUGUUGUUUUUUUUUAAGAGAAUGCAGUAUGAAAUGAGAACGUAGCAAGGUUAGAUAUUGUUCAUCUGUAGCUUUCAAGCACACACCGCAACCAAUGCUUCCUCUUUCAUUUUACUGCAGUCAAAUCAGUCGAGGCGUCGAGUGUGUGGGGGCCAGAUUUGCCCAUUUGACUCUAAAUGCACAUUGUGAAACUAUGCAGGAAUAAUAUGAAACCUCUGAUCAAUUAUACACUCAUGUCUAAGGGUUGUUCGACAUGUGAACACUUGAGAUUUCUGCUGUGUGUGUUUGUGUGCGCGUGCGUGUGCUGUUGUUACCUAUUUUGGACAUUGUCUGGCAGAAACUAAUGGAGACCAGAACCGGGUCCUAAUGAGGCAGAAGCUCAUUUCUGAGGAGCUGGUUGAGUUUAGGGCUAACAUUUGAAUCGUGGUUAGGUUAAGGUAAGGCAUUAACUGGUUAUGGUUAAGGUUAGUGAUUGGGCCUUAUGUCCAAAUGAAUGGAAGGCAAGGCAAAUGUUCAUUUUAGGAAAUGUCCCUUUACACUUUUCCUCCUUUAAUUGUAUCAAAGGUAGAAUUAAAUAGUGUACCGUCAUAUUAAAUGCCAAAAGAAGGAGACCAACAGAGCGGGGCUUCAACCGGCUAGAAUUUUAGGGCAUUGCAUUUCAUCUGUUGCACUUUUUAAGUUAUUUAUUUUUUCUAUCAACGUUUAUCAAACAAAACCAGUAGAGAUCUUCUCAAUCUCUUUUUCCACCAUGUUUUUACUCCUGGGUGAGAAUAAAUCUGGAAUGCAUUAAAA